AUGAUCCACGUUGAAGUCAAGUACGGCUCUGCCAAGCACGACAUCGAGGUGGCUGGGGAUGCGACGCUUGGCGCUCUCAAGGCGGCUAUCUAUGACGCCACCAACGUUCUCCCGCCCUUGCAAAAGCUGCUGGGGAAGCCGAACCUUCAAUCAAAGGCGGACGACACACCAUUGCCUGCUCUGGGCAUCAAGGACAAGACAAAGCUGAUGCUGAUUGGAUCUGCCGCGGCGGAGGUGGUGAAGGCCAACGCGCCGUCGGGGGAGGAGAAGCACAAGGAGGAGGAGCGCGAGCGCCGGCUGCGCAACUUGCCCUACAGCUUCUGGCGCCUGCCCGCCUACGGUGGCUUCAUGGCCGACCCGUACGUCGCCGGCCGCGGCGAUCCUCUCGAGGGCGGCACGACCUUACUGUCGCUGCUGUGCUUCGAUGUCAUCCUGUGCCGCCUUAACACGCUGGGGGCGGGCAGCAAGCCAAAGGCGUCCGCGACGAGCACGAAGCUUCUCCAGGUGCUGGGCCAGGAGGGUGCCGCCACCGUGUCGCACCCGUUUUUGCACGACAUCCCGGCUGACCUCCGCACGGCGCUCCAGCGCGCACACGGGACCGUGCGCUCCUGCUACGACUUCACCGUGGAGGCGAGCAAGGCGGUGCAGCCGCCCACGGUGCUCGAGAUCGUGGAGAGGUGCGUGCAGCGCAUUGCGCGGCUGCCGACCGGGGAGUGGACGAUGAUCCCCUCCGGCUGGAUCGGCACGCGGGCGCACAACAUCAUGUACCUUCUGGUACACCGCAGGGCGGCGGAGGUCUACGACCUAGUCGUGGUGAACCGCGGCAAUGAAGGGCAGGACUACCACCCCCGCUGGCAGACCGCGGAGAAGAUUGUCAGCUGCCCCAUUCUGAAGUUCGACGACGUCUCCCCGACACAGCUGCAGGACAGAACAUUUUGGCUGCUUUUGCUGUCGUUGUGGAUGCGGCACAACGACCCGGAAAAUCGAUCCGAGUUCAUUCGAGCGGAGGUCUUUUACGACGUGUUGCUGCCGUGGCUGGUCGAGAAGAUGCCAGACGAGCGUCGGCGGUUGGGAGAGGAUGCUACGAAUGGCGCCGGCACGUCGCCCACCUCUUUCUUGACGUCCACCCGCUUCACCACGGAGCUCAUUUUGCGCAUGACGGGCAGCUCCUCGGCGGAUGCGCAGCGGCCGUCCAAGUCGACCGCUGCCGCCAGCUCCUCCGUCGUGUCAUCUCCAUUUGCGCCGUUCAUCAUGCACCACGCCACGAGCCCGACCUGCAGCUCCUCUAGCGCGAUCAAGUCUCUCAUCACCGCCUUCUGCUACCUGCUGGAGCGUUACUACCCGGCGUUGACGACGAAUGACAAGAAGCGCAUCAAGUACGUGCUCAAGUACGAGUUUUUCAUGCGCGCUGCCGAGGACUUAUCUCGCUACUCGCGCCGCUUCCUUUCCGAGAUGCCAUCUGCGACGGCCACUCCCGCUGCGGCCGCGUCCGCCGCCGCCGCCGCCACGUCGACGAAUGCACCGCUGCCACACGAGAGUGAAAAGAGACUUCGUGGUGCACUGGAGCGUCUGAAGGCGGCCGGCGUCAACGACACUGCGGCCAACCUCUCCCUCGACUCGGUCUGGCUUACCCUCCAGGACAACCGCGUCUACAUCAAGGACAAGCAGAACAAAAUCCUAGACGAGGCGGCACUGAAGGGGAAGCUGCUGCUGUUGUACGUUGCCUGCCUCAAGACGCCAAGCGGCAAGGAGACCUCCGCGCUGUUGGCGGAGGCGGUGGCAACGAUGAAGCGGAAGUGCGGACCCGACGCUCUCGAGGUUGUCUUUCUCAGCUGCGACGAGACGCAGGAGGACUUCGACGAGCACAGCGCGAUGUUCGACUUCCCCCGCGCCACCUACCCGUGCUUUGCCGUGGUGAAUACGAUGGAGCUGACGAGCAUGCCGGAGCUGUUGGUUUUCCAGAAGGACGGUGAGCUGCUGCAUCGGCAGGGCAUGGCAGCGCUGCGCACCGACCCGGAGGCGGCGCAGUUCCCCAACGGUCCGUGGAGGGGCGCGGUGCCGCUCUCCGCGACCGACGUGCAGCUGCUGCGCGUGGGCGCCAGCCAACUCGCCCACCACACAAAGAAGCGCCUCGACCGCCAUCAGCCCCCGGUCUCCGGGCAGGACGCGGUGGUGCAGCGUGUGGUGGAGCUCAUUCACGCUGUCGAGGCGGUGGUGACGGCGCUGCCGCACGACGAUGUGCAGGAGCUCAUUCAUUCUACCACGCAGGUGCGCUCCAGCGCUGUCGCGACCGUGUCCGGUGCCUUCACGAGUGCCACGGCGGACGAUGCGACGCAGGAGCGCACGGUGGACGCGAUGAUGCAGGAGGUCAUCGACCCAACGCGCGACGGCGUCUUCCAGAACUCGGAGUUGCUCCCCAAGGCGUCGGUGGCGUCCUACUACGGCAAGGCCUUCGAGAGUUCCAUUCCAGCACUGCCGGGCAUCCACGACCUGACCAGGGCCACCAGCUACGCGGAGCUGUCGACGCUGCUCUCACGCGCGCAGGUCGUUGUGGAGACGCUGUGGAAGCGCGCCGGCAACAGCGGCACCGCUUCCCGUGUGGCGGUCCAGCUGCACAUUAUCGAGUUCAUCGCGUGGCUGUUCUCGACGCUGGUGCCCGUCCCGCUGCCGGCGAGCUACGCGAUGGACGCCGUCCCCGAAGAGGAGCGCUGGUGCGUCUCUAGCUUUUACACGGAGGACAGCCUGCCCCCUCCACCGCCACCGUCAGAAGGGGAGGAGCCGGACCCGCACGCCGCGGACCCGCAGCUGACGAUGCUGGAGAGCGUGUACUACCUCAUGCUAUCCCUGGCGAACGCAUGGCAGGCCGUCGAGACGCCGACGCGCAGCUUCGACGCGGAGCGCUGCCUCAUUUCGGUGGACAUGCUCCUCGUCUUCGAUGCGAUUCUGCGGCAACUGAAGGGCAGCAACAAGUGUCGACUGCUGUCGCUGCUGCUGAGUAGCGGGGAGGGCAGCGGCUACUACCUCUCGACCACGCAGGGCAAGCAGAACCUUGACUUUGCGAAGAUGGCGGCCACGCUGCAGCUCACCCGUCCGCAGCUCCUUCCGAUUCGCUCCGCCGUGCUGCGCUACAUUGAAGCGCAGCAGAAAGCCUUCUCGGGCCGUGAGCUGUUCGAUCUGCGCAUGCCGGACAAGUUGGAGCUCUUCAAGAAUAGCCAUACCGUCGAUUUCCUCAAGUCGGUGCUGGCGAACGCCGGCUACUCGUUGGAGCAGUCUGGCGGGCUCUUUGGCGGUGCCUCGUCGGAGAUGGAGAAGCUCAUGGAGUGGCUCUGCAGUUCCCGCUCCCCACUGGCGAAGGAGCACCCCGCGUUUGGCAUGAUGCGGGACAUGACAUUGCUGGCGAAGUUCAUGGGGACGAUGGAGAUGCGGGAUGCGCAGCUGCUGCACCGCCGUAAGGAGCUCGACCCGCUCGCCUCAUGGCGCAUCUCGUUUGAGGAGGACGCGCCAGGGCGACAGAUGAGUGCAGGGUGGCGCACGCGCCCGUCGGCGCCGCGUUGGGAGUGUCUGAUGGUGCGUGGCCGCGACAUGGAUGUGGCCGACAUCGCGGUGAAGGGCUUUGGUGAUCGAGAGGUGAUGUACGGCGAGGGCUUGGCCCUGCACUCCCCGAUCGACGUUUCUCGCAUGAUCGAGGUAGACCACCCCACGGAGGACGACGUGCUGCACGCGAAGGUCCUGCCGACGUUUGGCGGCACCAUGAGCGUGGAGGAGUCGGAGGUGCUGCUGUCGUGCCUGACGGCCCCGUACCUGCGCAUCCCACUCGUGCUCGACUUUUUUGCAUCGCAGGACCGCCAUACGUAUCUCUUCGUGGCGGAGGUGCAGGAGCUGCUGCGCUCCGUGCUGUUUGAGCCGGCGGCGUACGCGUCUCCGGUGAUGCUAGCGCAGGCCGAUCCCCGCGCCGUGCCGAUGCGGCUAAGCAAGGAUCAGCGGGAGAUGAUCGAGCUACGCCGUCUUCGUGGCGACUUCAGCCAACAGAACUUUGAGGACUGCCUUGGCACCACCUACGGCGUAUUGAUGAACGAGCUGACCCACGCGCCGACUGGGGUGCUGCGCCCCUUGCGGGGUCUUCUGGAGAGCAUUACGGAGUUAGGGCCCAGCUCCGUGUACAGCAGCAACGCGUCCUAUGUCCUCUAUGUUGUGGGCCUUAUGUGCGACGUGCUGUCGUUUUGUCGCUUCAUUGCGUCGCACCACAGCGCCACGCCCGCCACGGGACAGCGUGACGCCGCCUUGCAGCUGAUGGGUGAGUACCACCGCUACUUCUUGCAGUUUUUUGUCUCCACUGUGCAGCCGCUGCUGUGGGCCUGGCUAGAGGAGAGCGAGGAGAACACGGACACCCCCACGCAGUGUGUCAUUCACUCCCACAUGAGCCGAGUCGACCGUGCGCUCUGGAAAGGCUACCGCUCCUCUCUCUCGACGACAAGCGCCGCUGGUGCAAGCGCAGGAGAGCACCACCAUCUAAGCUUUCGAACGGGCGCCUCGGCGGAGGAGGAGUCCGCGCAGGACCCCCACGUGCACCUGAUCCACAUGCUGCAAUCCUACGCGUUUGUGCGGGCACGACACGGCUUUGGCAUGGGCAUGCAGCGCAGCCAGCUUGCCGCGCAGGAGGGCGACAACCUGCUGAGCCCGGAGGAGAAGAUGCUGCGCUUCCUGCAGGCCCAAGGGCUCGACACGUCGCGGGUGUCGAAGGAGAUGCUGGAGCAGGGCAAGCAGCUCACGAUGAGUGGCGGUCGUCGCCGCGCCGUCUUUGUGCAGAUUCGCAGCCGCAACUACAACGACACCGUUCGCGUGCCGAACCUUCUUCACAGUGACCCGAGCAGCACGACCGAGUCGAAGUUGCUGAAGCUGCCACCCGCUGACGUGCCGGAAAAUGUGCUCUUCAGCGACCUGGUGGAAGACCACCAGCUCAUCACGACGUAUCUCGACAGUCUCACUCCACAGCAGCGCGGCAGCGUCCUUCUCUCCGUUGUCCAGUCAGUUCUCCGCGACCACGGGGAGGGGGGAGAGAAGCUGUCCGCCGCCGGCGCCGGAGCAGCGGGAGCGCCGCAAGAGCGCAAGCGUCUUCGCCAACGCAGCCGCUCGACGAACUUGUCAGCGCGGGCAAGCGCUGCCAACCUGGAUUCCAUGAUGGGAGAAGAGGACACGAACAGCAGCAGUGGCGCAGGACAGCUUGCAGCCGCCUCCGCGGAGGGCGCAGCAGCGGCCGCCACAUCCCCUGCGUGGUCCGUCUUGUCGCCUGGGGUGUACAAAGGGCCCAUCACGAGCGGUCUUCUCUUCCACGCGCAGACGUGCGAGCUGUUCUGGCGCAACGACGAGCUGAAGCCGGUCCCCGACAGCAUGUCGCACUUCACCGACUUCGAGAACAUACUCGGCAAGGAUGCGCUGCAGUGCGGUCUCGUGAGCCGCCAUGAGCACCGCCACUGGGUGCACCUGGUCGGGACCCCGUACGACGUGAUUGAGUGGACGGCGCCGCCGAGCGUGGCGGACCAGGGGGUGCACCACCCCUUUGUGGUGGCCGGCAACUGGCCCGCAGAAGCGGCGGAGAGUGCACUCUUCGACGGCGUCACGUACGACCGCGUGGUGUCCGUGGAGGACGACAACCCGUGGUCCUACAAGGAGGAGCGCUGGGCCGUGAACAUGCUGCGGGAUGUGCUGCGAGCUGCCUACCCCAACGGCAUGAAGUUCUUCCCCCUCGCCCCCGCGCUGAUCCACGCAGGGGGAGUUGACUCGGUGGAGGGAGAAGGCAGCGGCAGUGCGUCGUCGGUAGUGCCCGCGCUGCACCGCUAUGAGAUGCGCUUCCUCAUGAGCGACGCACCGCAGUACGAGGAUGAAAUCGAGCGUGCGACCUGGAAGGAGGCCGUUGCCUACCGCUACCCACAGCCACGAAUUGAGUUGUUUAACCUGGUCCCGCACGCCCGCAAGCUGUUCCGCUCGCUCGUCUUCAGCACAAAUCAGCACUACUGCCUGCACAGCAUGGCCCUCAUGACGGGCAUCCGCACGCGGGAGUCGCUGGCCGUGACGGCCUUCCAGGCGGGUGAGCUGAAGCGGCGUAUCUUCAACGAGAGCACGCUGGAGAUUCACCGCUACAACGCCGCAAUCCGCGGCCGUGAAGUUUACGUCCCUGCGCGGCUGUUGCAAGGUCUGAUCCCGAGUGUACUGCUGGAGUCCUUCUUCAUGUGGCAGGGCGAGGACGAUGUGCUCCGCGGGUACCCGCUGUCGGAGGAGAGCGAGUCUGCCUCGGUGCUGCAGGACGCUGCGCUAUCAGGCGCGAGCGCAAAACGCAAAGGGACCGGCGGGGAGGUGAUGGAUCACUGGUUCAACUACAGCAUUGAGAUUCACCUCCACGUGGGCCGCACGUCGAGGUCGCCCACCGGCGAAGCCACGACGUCGGUCUCCUCUGCUGCGUGCGUGGUGGUGCGCCGCAACGACAAGCUGCACUCGAUGAUGGUCGACUUGAAGGACAACGAGGAUAGCGCGGGCCGCAGUAAGACGGUGGCCGACACACGACGGGGAGCACACCGGCUCAUGCUGCAGCGGGCCACGAGCACGGCGGGGCUGCACACCAACGAGGGAGAGGCGGCGGCGGAGGAGGAGAAUGGCGAAGGAGAGGAAGAAGGCGUUGAGGGAGCCACCGUGCACGUUGCCGCGGCGGAUGUGGCCCUCCUGCACGAGGCGCUGUCGCACCUGCCCCAGGCCGUAUGUGUGCAGCUGCUGCGGCAGGCCCACGGCGACAUCGCCGCGGCGCUUACCUGGGCUUCGUCGCCGGCCAACACGGACGCCCUCCUCGCCAUGGUGCAGCGGGAUGCGGAGGCGGGUGAGGCGAACGGCAAGACGGCGGACGUCGAUCCGCGUGCCGUCAAGACGGAGGCUGCGGUGCGCUCGUGCGAUUACGUCUUAGUGAACCUGCUGCAGUGCCGCCAUCUCUCCUACCUGCUGCAGAUGCUGACCCGUGUGGAGGACUGCUCGCACAUUCUGGUGUGGGGUAAGCGGUGCGCACCGGAUGCGAAAGGCGUCGCAGGGCAAGUGGAACGAGAUGAAGAAGGUGCAUCGCGCGUGCCCGACCCGCUGCGUGUCCAGGACCCGAGCAGCGCCGACGGCUGGGUACAUAUUGAGUUGAUUGAGAUGCCGCGGCUGCGUGUCCGCUUCUACACGAGCACCGACGGCACUAGCAGCCGUCUCCGACUCUACCUCGCGGAUCAACCCGGCUGGCGCCUUGCCGAAGGCGAUGACUUCCACGAGGCCCGUUGGCGUCAGCUGCGCACGUUGCAGGCGCCCUUCCAACAGUGUCUGCUGCUCUGCAACAGCACCCAGGAGGUCGCCUUCCUCUGCCCGAACCACGACUUCGCCCCCAUGCGGAUCGACGAGGACCCCUUCAACCUGAUGCUGCUCUUUGAUCGCUCCUCCUACACUUGGCGUGAGGCGGUCCCCUCGCCGUUUUACCUCUACGUGGUGCAUAGCAGCAGCAGCUUUGUGAUGCCCCCGUCGCUGUCGGCGUCGCUCUACUACGCCGUCAUGCAGUGUGCGACGCAGCACUACGCCGGUGCCAUGCGCACCCUCGAGUCCUGUUACACCGACAGCGGCUUCUCCGCGGAGGAGGCGUUUAUGUUUGCGCUGAUGGAGCGGACUAUGGGCGACCGCUACCCCGACGCCUGUGCGGUGCGGCUGAAGCUGGCCCACGCCGUGCAGUACAGCUCCAACACCUACCAGUGGCCGCUGGCGACGGAGCUGGCCAUGUACCUCACGACGAAGCACCACGUGGCGGAAGAUUGCCGCCUCUCGCGGGGCGAGGUGCUGGAUCUGCUCAAGCGGUGCGCGCAGGCGGUGCCGUUGGUGCGCAGUCAACUGGAGCUGUACGCCGGAUAUGUGAAGGAGGAGCACAAGCAUGCGGCGGACCCCAAGCACAACCUGCACCGCCACGAGGACACGCCGCCGUUGUCGUCGCGGGUACCGGUGGAGUUGCGGACGCCGGCGAUGGAGCGCUGCCGCUUUCCGUGGGAGCGACUGCUGCUGUACCCGUGGGAGCGCAUUGCUCCGCAGAAAUUGAAGCGCGUCACCUACAGCCUGCAAAGCCCGGAGCUGGUGAAGGACGAGAAGCUGGUCGAGUUUUUGUGGAACGAUGAGCUGCUGUCUGACGAGGAGGGCGGCGCCAACGCGAAGAAAGGCUUCUACUUCUUGUACAGCAUCAAGCGCGGGGCGGUGACCCCGAUGCUAGGCACGCUGCCGGUGGGCGUCACCCUCUCCCAGCUCCUCAGCCGCUGGUUUCAGCUCCGCCACGCGCGGUGGGGGCGGGAGUCGCAGCACGGCGGCGAGACGGAGGCAGCCCCGUCGUGGUGUGGGACGGUGCUGCAGCUGAUGGAGAUGUUCCCCGAGGCGGACUGGCCGGCGCCGGCGGACACCUCCGAGCGCUACAUCCUCGCGCGCGGUGUGUCGCUGACGGAAGAGCACGAGCCAGCGGAAGCUUUUCACGUGACGCUGAUCGGCGACGAGUCGGCGGCGGCGCGGCGACGGCGUGGCUCUAUACCGGAGAUCUUCAACCGGAUCCACAACCUGGCGCAGGAGCUCUUCCAGCGAAGCUCCAUCACCGCCGCAGUGCGCACCGCCCGGCAGGAGAGUCGGCAGCGCACGCCGGAGAGUCAGAUGAUCACGGUGGGGAUGUACGACCACCUGCGCGGUCGCGUGGUACCAGCGAACACCGGAAGAGAAGAGCUGCAACUGCGUGAGGGCGACAUUUCUGGCGAGUACUUCCGCGAGGCGCACCACGCUGCGGAGAGGGACGUCCUUGUCGCACGCCGUGCGGCUCUGCAGGCGUUGUGCACGGAGCCGCUGAGCUCCCUGCAUCUGCUGGGCAGCGUUAUCGAGGAGGGGGACACGCCAUCGCUGCCAGAGGCGUCUGCGACCGGUUCGGUGCUGCCGUUUGACCUUCGCACCCACCCCCUCUCGCGUACCCCGUUGGCGCAGAACAUGCUGGACCGUCUGGAGGAAGACUCGUUGCGCUUCCGUGACCAGCAGCAGGCCCAGCGCCCCUAUUUUUUCCAGUGCCUGUCCACAGCGGCGGUGCGGGAGAUGCUGACCACUACCGAGGCGGCCGUCCUGAAUGCCACGCUGUCGGAAGCGGUGCGGACGCUCGGUGAGUGCGUGCAGCGCCUGCAUGCGCUGGGCGAGCAGGACGCGAUCCGCGUGAUGCGGCUGCGAGCCUCGCUGCUCAGCCUGGCCAACUCCGUGCAUCCCGGUAAGGGAAGUCAUCACGGUGCCGCUGGACACCCACAAAGAUGGGAUCAUGGGCGUCUGGUGCACUUCCUGCAGCGCGCGGAGCAGUCUCGUGUCGCCGUACCACUGGAGUGGCUGUGUGCGGGUCUGCUCAGCACCACGCUGGAGUCGGACCUGAAGGCGCAAAAUAAUUUCCACGGCUCCGUCGCGCAGAUCCAGGCGGAGCUGAUGCUGCUGAUGCUGCUGAGUAACCGCAUGUACUUUGCGGAACAGGCAGCACAGGCGGUGCAGCAGCUUCUUCUGUUCCUGGAGCUGUGUGGGCAGCUGCGUGGGGUAAGCCCUCCUGUGCACACGGUGAAGGAUGCGACUUCGACCAAAGCUGCGACGCAGGUGGCACGCAAGGCGCGUGUCCGCGAGCUCGUGCAGCACUUCUCGCUGGAGAUUGAUCCGACAACGCUCACGCAGCUCAUCGCGGCACAGAACCAGCAUCACCACCAUGGCAACGACUCGCACAACUGCAACGAGGAGGCUGCCGCACCCACAGUACUGUGCACGCUCUCCGAGGAGGCACGCCACAUUGUAACGGGGCGUCUCCAGCAGCUCGCCAACACUGCGCUCGAUACACUGAUGGCACGUCGCACCUACGUCCACAUCCACAAGACCGCUGACUCUUCCUCCUCAACGGAUGGUCAACUGAAUCGCAGCAACAACACCACAACCGUCGCUGCCGCCGCAGAAGCAGAAGCGUUCACUGCCACCCUCGACCCCCGCUUCCUCGUCUUCGAGUUCCUCUUCAACAUCCUCCUGCGCGCUCGCCAGGUGGAGAUGGUGGAGUGGUUCGUGCGGAACAUCUGCGAGGGGCAGUCCCGUGUGCAGCAGAUGAUCAUGGGGCAGGGCAAGACGACCGUCGUCGGCCCGCUGCUCGCCCUCAUCCUCGCCGACGGGCAGCAGCUCGUGACACAGGUGAUGCCGACGGCGCUGCUGGAGCAGACGCGUGGCAUCCUACGCCGCUGCUUCGGCGUCGUCGUGACGAAGCACAUCUACACCGUCCAGUUUGACCGCAGCAACGAGGACGGCACCAGCGACGGCGUCGAGCUGCUCUACCAGAAGCUGAAGUCCGCCGAGGAGGACCGCUCCGUCGUGAUCGCCGCGCCGGAGUGCGUGAAGUCGCUCUUUCUGAAGAGCAUUGAGCAGCUGCACAUGAUUGAGAGCGUGCCGACGGCGGACAUGGAGCUGGACGAGACCGCCGAUGACCGCUACGCGACGCACGUGAAGGCGUUGCGACGCAAGAUGGUAGAGCGCUCUGCUCUGGCGGACGCGAUCACGCCGAUCUUGGAGCUGUGGAAGCGUGGGGUACUGAUUAUGGACGAGGUGGACGUGCUGCUGCACCCCCUGCGCUCCGAGUUGAACUUCCCGAUUGGGCUGAAGCACCCGAUCGACAUGAGCGGCCCACGAUGGCUGCUGCCGAUCCACCUACUGGAUGGCAUUUUCGCCUAUCAGCAAGGACGCGCCUGCGAGGACGCACAGCAGCAGCUGAAGUUUGGUGCCUCCAGCGCAGCCGCAACGGUGACGAUGACGAGCGGCGGCGGCGGAGGGGCAGGUAGUGCCAGCGCUGCCAAGGGUGACUCAACAGAAGUGUACUACGAUGUGGCUGAGGAGCAACGUCGUCGUUCGCUGAGUGUGAUUCGAAGCGCCAUCAUGAACGGCUUCCGCCUUCGCGCGCUCCAGCGUGAGCCGCACCUCGUCCUACUCGACCCCGGCCACUACUAUGUGGAGCAGCUGCUGCCGGCGCUGGUGCCGUGGCUGCAGCUGUGGCUGCACGCCCACAUGGCGGACCAUCUGCCCGAGCAGGAGCGUCAGCACUGGGCCUACGCCUCGCUGGAUGCUUUUAUAGUCGCGACGAAGCCUUUUCUGCUCUCCCCCACGAAGCAGGGCGACGCGGAUAGCGAGGUGUCACGAGAGCUGAACGCGCACAUGCCCCAUUACGGCCUCCAGCUGCUGAACCUCGCCCACGACUGGCUACACCGUCUGCUGCCGCACGUGCUGGCGAAGAUCGACCGCGUCAGCUUUGGUGUCCUGCAGCCAAACGACCUGGCGCUCAGCGGCGAUGCGGCGCGCAUGCCGUACAGCCGCAAGAUGAUGGCGGUGCCUUUUGUCGCGAAGGAUGUUCCGAGCCGCAGCUCGGAGUUCGCCCACCCCGACGUGGUGCUGGGGCUGACCAUUCUGGCCUUCCGCUACGAAGGCCUGCGGGUGCAGGAUGUGAAGGAGUUGGUGACGCAGCUGAAGCAGGACUUUGCACGACAGGCCGGGCCAAAGGAGCACCGUCCAGCGGCGAAGCUGUACAAGCACUGGCUGCGGCUGAGCACAUCGGAUCGGGUGAUAGCCUCCAAGAAGGCAGCAGAGGCGAUGUCGGCGAGUGCGGCGCGGAUGGGGCGGGACGCCGAAUCCGAGGAGGACGUGUUGCGGUCCUUUGAGCGGGCGGGCGUGCCGCUGUCGCAGCUGCAGGUCACCGACAAGGCGCAGAUGCAGUCCCUCUACCACCUUCUGCACCGCGUGCCAGAGGUGAUUCACUAUUACCUGUGCUCCACCAUCUUCCCUCGGACGAUGAACUUCCAGCAACUGAAGAUCAGCGCCUGCGGUCACGAGCUGGGCUCGUCGAUGCUCUUCACGAAGCGGAUCGGCUUCAGCGGGACACCGAGCAACCUGCUGCCGUUGGACCUGGGCGAGUGCUUUUACGAGCCGGGCAGCGACGGCCGCGUGCUGUCGGUGCUGACCAACCCAGAAGUCGCCCACACGGAAGUCCUGCCCGACAGCUGGACCCCGCUGCGCCUGCUGGACCGCAUCGCCGCUGCGCAGCCGCCCUACUCCGCCCUCAUCGACGCGGGCGCGCUCAUCACCAACAUGGACAACGAAGAGGUGGCGAAGUAUUUACUGUCCCGCCUCCCUGCCGCGCUCUUCGACGGCGUCGUCUUCCUCGACCGCCGCGACCGUCAGAUGAUCCUGCAGCGCGACAACGGCCUCGUCGUGCCCGUCUCCCAGUGCGGUGUUCCACUGGCCCGCCGCUUCACCUUCUUUGACCAGGUGCACACCACCGGCACCGAUGUGAAGCAGUCUGCGACGGCGGUGGCGGUGAUUACGUUUGGCAAGGACCUCGUCUUCCGCGACUACGCACAGGGGGCGUAUCGUAUGCGUGGCAUCGGCAAGGGCCAGCGGCUGUGUCUGUACUUGAUUCCCGAAGUGGUUUCGCGCAUUCACGAGGCACUGGGGGCCGGCUUCCGCACCGGCGACAUGCUGAAGGACGUCCCGGCCUGGCUGCUGCUCAACUCCAUGAAGAUCGAAGGGCUGCAGUUUUUUAAGCUGUCCUUACAGGAGCUGGCGAACGUGUGGCGCAAGAAGGCGAUUGCGCACCUGCUGCGCGAUUCCAGCUACGCCAACGCGCACGCGGAGCUCUUUACCGGGUGGCAGCGCUGCCGCCGCUUCCAGCUGGAGCGUCCCAAGUCUUUCUCUGCCGGACAGCAUCACGCCAACGAAGAGGAGGAGGGGGCGGUGAAAGGAGAGGUGCUGCACGGUGACGCGCCGCUGCCCGCGGUGGAGCUGCUGCGUGCGUCGAUCGAGGAGUUCCGCGAGGUGAUCCAGUACCCGGUGGCGGCGAAGAUCGCGCCGGCUCCAACGUUCAGCGAACACCUGAGCGACAUCUUAGCCGCCCGCCCCUCGCAGCUCAUUGCGGGCGAUACGGGGUCGCUGCAGUUGGUGGAGCAGCUGAUGGACCGCAUGCGGCGCAGUAUCCAAGCCUCACACGCUGCCACCACCGCUGCCACCACCGCUGCAACUGCUGCGGCGACGAACACGGCGGCAAAGAAGGACACGGACACACGUGGACAGGACGGUGCGGAGGAUGGCGUGCACCAGACGAUGGACCUCAACGCAGAAAUUGUUCACGAGCAGGAGGCUGAGGAGGAGCAGGAGCAGGAGGCGGAGCAGGAGGAGCAGCGCGUGUCUGCCUUCUCGCGUGACGACGAGAGCCAGAUCGCCUGGGCCGUCGACACCCUACACACGUGUGGUACGGUGGCCUCCGCCACGGUGCGACCUAGCCACGGCUGCUGCUUCUACCAGAUGAACACGUUUCAGAUCCGCGCGAGUCAGCCACAGCUGCAGGUGGACCCGCAGUUCAUGGUGAGCGACAACUACUUCCGGCUGGAUUGGCACGGCGUCGGUGAGCGACGGCUGAAGAAUGUGUUCCUCUUCCUCGAGUGGGUGCCGAACCGAUCUACCACCAACACCACCGCCACGACUAAUAACAACGCGAGCUCUGUCGGAGAGAAGGAGAUGUGCUCCGGACUGGUCACCUUGGCAGAGGGCGAGUCCCUCCGCUGGCUGGUGCACCACUCGCGCUACGUCCAGCAGAACUUCCGCGUGGCGCUGCGGUUUGCCUCGAAUGGGGCCUACAUGGACGCCACGGCUCCUUUCGCCGCCGUGGUGCACCGUCAAGGCGUGCAGGCGCUGCGCCACCUGCACGUGCGACCGGCCAGCGCCGCCUCGGGCGACUACGACCCAAGUGCGUGCGAUCCUGCCGCUGAUAAGGCGGUGCUGCUGUACCGCUUCCUGAACAGCGACAUGUUCUACUCCGGCAGGCAGCUGACGGUGCUGGAGGAGGUGCUCGGGGCGAUGACGCCGUCCAACCGUCUGCAGUUCUUCACGGAGUGCCUGCGCGUGCGCCGCCGCAGCCGCAACCAGUGGGAGGACGCGCCGAUCGCCGUCCUGUUUGUGUCGGAGGCCGACAAGCCCUACCUGCGGCAGCUCGCCCUCGGCAAGCGCAUGCAGCAAGGCUUGGAGGACCUGGCAGAGGUGGUGGUCCGGGCGGCGCGGCCGAAGGUGUCCAUCCGCGUGCGCCGCGAGGCGGAGCCAGUGCAGCAGGCCUUCGACAACUUUACGGUGGCCCUCUCGCAGGCGCUCUCCUCCACCCACACGCCCGUCUUCACGGUGGGGCGGGUGGCGGAGAUGCUGACCGAGACGUUCCCCGCGGUGUUCAAGAGAAUCGGUGUGCAGGAGGCGGAGCGGGCGCUGCUCUUUCUGGUCCACCAACACCGCAGAGGCGGCAGUGACAAUGAAGAGGCAACGAACGCAUCCGCUGUGGUGUCGAACGAGGACCAAUCUGUGACAGUCGAGGAGCUCUUCACGCUUCUCCCCUGCCUGAAUGCGGAGACGCUACAUGCACGCACGGAGGCCGUGCGGACAUCCCGUUCUACCUCGGCCGCCGCUGCCGCCGCUGCGAAGGCCUCUAACACAAAGGGAGCCACCAGCAGCGCCAGCAGCACCGCCUACGCCAGUCAGUGGACCUGCGACACCUGCACGUUCCACAACCCCUCGUCGAGCAACACGUGUCAGAUGUGCAUGUCGCCCAAACCGAAACGGGUGCGAGAUGAGGAGUACGCGCAGGAUGCCGCUGCCGCCGCCGCCGCUGCCGAGGCCGCUGCCCACGCUCCAGAGGAGGAGGCGGCAGGCGCGGCGGAGAACGAGGAGGAGGCGGAGGAGGACGACGUGGAUGCACCGUGGCAGUGUGAGGUGUGCACGUACAUCAACGAAAGCCGUGCACAGUCGAUGUGUGAAAUUUGCAUGGCACCGAAUCCGCAUCCGCUGAGGGUUGCGGGUGGCGGCGGCGGCGGUGGUGGCGGUGCGGACGCGUUUGGGACCGGGUUUGAAUGCCCGGAGGGGUACUGGGUGUGCUCGGUGGAGCACGGCGGGUGCAGCAAGUUCAACCCCAACUCGGUGUUCUACUGCCAGGUGUGUGAGAAGGCGCGACCGAACCUGGCCAGUGUGCGCUUUUGA